CGGGGCGGGGCGUGCGCGUCAGCUCGAGCUAGAAAAGGCGGCGGGGCCCGGCCCAGCGAGGUGACAGCCGCGCUCGGACACGGAGGCCGGCCCGACGCCGCCAUGAGCGCCGCGCUCUUCAGCCUGGACGGCCCGGCGCGCGGCGCGCCCUGGCCCGCGGAGCCCGCGCCCUUUUACGAGCCGGGCCGGGCGGGCAAGCCAGGCCGCGGGAGCGAGCCGGGGAGCCUGGGCGAGCCGGGCGCCGUAGCCCCCGCCAUGUACGACGACGAGAGCGCCAUCGACUUCAGCGCCUACAUCGACUCCAUGGCCGCCGUGCCCACCCUAGAGCUGUGCCACGACGAGCUCUUCGCCGACCUCUUCAACAGCAACCACAAGGCGGGCGCGGCGGGCGCCGCCGCGGGAGCCCUGGAGCUGCUGCCCGGCGGCCUCGCGCGCCCCCACGGCCCGGGCACGGCCGCCCCGCGUCCGCUCAAGCGCGAGCCCGACUGGGGCGACGGCGACGCGCCCGGCUCGCUGCUGCCGGCGCAGGUGGCCGCGUGCGCGCAGACGGUGGUGAGCCUGGCGGCCGCGGCGCAGCCCACGCCGCCCACGUCGCCCGAGCCGCCGCGCGGCAGCCCCGGGCCGAGCCCCGCCCCGGGCCCGGCGCGGGAGAAGAGCGCCGGCAAGAGGGGUCCGGACCGCGGCAGCCCGGAGUACCGGCAGCGGCGCGAGCGCAACAACAUCGCCGUGCGCAAGAGCCGCGACAAGGCCAAGCGGCGCAACCAGGAGAUGCAGCAGAAGCUGGUGGAGCUGUCGGCCGAAAACGAGAAACUGCACCAGCGCGUGGAGCAGCUCACGCGGGACCUGGCCGGCCUCCGGCAGUUCUUCAAGCAGCUGCCCAGCCCGCCCUUCCUGCCGGCCGCCGGGGCCGCCGACUGCCGGUAACGCGCGGCCCCGGGGGGGAGGGGGGGGCGGGAGAGACUCACCAACGACCGAUACCUCAGACCCGACGGGCCCGGGAGCGGAGCGCGCCCCGCCCGGACGCCGCGAGAGCCGCUGGGCGCCGGCCGCAGUGUCUUUGGGACGCGCC